CGCUCCGACUGCUCCGGGAGGGUGGGAAGGGGUGGAAAACCAGGCCAUGACCCCCCGCGGGCUCUUGUUGCUGCUGCUCUCCCUGCUUCUGGGUGCCCGCCUGGGUACCUCGGCACGGUGUCCAGACUGUAGGCAGGGGGCGCCGGCGGGAUGCCCUGGGGGCUGCUUGGAGGAGGAAGGGGUACAGCCGCAGCCAGAAGGAUGUGCAGAGAAUGGAGGGUGCGUCAGGCGGGAGGGGGAACCAUGCGGGGUCUACACUCCUAACUGUGGCCCAGGGCUACAAUGCCAUCCCCCUGAAGAAGAUGAGACACCACUCCGAGCACUGCUGCUUGGCCGGGGUCGCUGCCGAAGGUCCAGGGGGCCAUCAGAAGAGAAUCCCAAGGGAACCAAGCCCAGUCCAAGGGGCCCCCAACAGCAGGAUGUGAACCGUGGAGGUCAAGAGAAGGCCUUGGAAACUACUUCCCGAGCCAGUCCUGGGGGUGGACAAGACAGUGAGAUGGGCCCCUGCCGCCGCCAUCUAGACACAGUGUUACAACAGCUCCAGGCUGAGGUCUACCGUGGGGCCCGGACUCUUUAUGUGCCCAACUGUGACCACAAAGGCUUCUACAGGAAGCGGCAGUGCCGGUCAUCUCAAGGGCUGCGCAGGGGACCAUGUUGGUGUGUAACCCGAAUGGGACAACCCCUGACCGGCCCCACUGAAUUGGAUGCAAACUCCCUCUGUCUUUCUGACUCCAGUGGUUAAAGCAGAGGCAGGGAAGAGCAUCUGGGGCCUCUGAUGGAGCUGGUCUGGGGGGGCACCAUCAUGGGCUAUUUAUUGUGAUGAAGAACUGCAGGAAGAAGAGCCCCGGGUUCCCCUUCCCCCUGCCCCCAGCAUCUCCCCCUGGUUCUUUCUCAAGCUGUGUGUGUGUCAAUGACUCAACUACAUGAUAAUUGGGAAGACUGUUGGUGUUGGGUUGGAUUGUUAAUAAAGCUCAACUGGGGUCUUGUUGUCUA